AAGCCAAAUAAAAAAAAAUUUACCAGUGCAAGUCAAGCCAAACCAUGGCGGCAAAUCUCCCAACCGCCACCACCGACAACCUCUUCGCCGCCGCCGACCUCGGUACCAACUCCUUCAAACUCCUCAUCGUCCGAGCCGACCCCACAACUGGCCGCUUCCUCCCCCUCCUCUACCUCAAAGAGCCCGUCGUCCUCGGCCGCUCCAUCUCCUCCUCCUCCUCCACCCUCUCCCCCUCCUCCCAACACCGCGCCCUCGCCGCCCUCAAAAAAUUCCACCACCUCCUCCUCUCCCACUCCGUCCCCCCCUCCCACACCCGCCUCGUCGCCACCUCCGCCCUCCGCGAGGCCCCCAACCGAGCCGAAUUCCUCAGCACCGUCCGCCAAACCCUGGGGCUCGAAAUCGACGUCGUGUCAGGCGAGGAAGAGGCCAGGCUUGUAUACCUAGGAGUGUUGCAGUUCCACCCCGUGUUUAACAAAACAGUGCUUGAUAUAGAUAUCGGAGGUGGAUCGACUGAGUUCGUGAUAGGCAGAGCAGGUAAAGUCCUUUAUGCGAAUUCGUUGAAAUUAGGGCAUGUAGUGUUAACGGAAGAAUAUGUUAGGACGAAUGAAAUCGGAAAAAUGCGAGAGCACAUUCGGAGAGUGAUUAGAGAAUCCGGGCUGGUGGAAAAGAUUGGUGGAACUGGAUUUGAAACUGUUAUGGGGUCGUCGGGUACGAUUCGGGCUAUUGAGGAGGUGAUUUAUAGUGGGUAUUGUGAGAGAUUGGUGAGUGAUGUGGGGUUUUCGAAAGGGUAUAAGCUAGAUUGGAAGUUUAGGAGAGGGGAGUUGGGGAAGGUUGUUGGGAAGUUGUGUGGGGAGAGAGGGGGAGUGGGAGGGAAGGUUAAGAUAGAGGGGUUUUCGAAGAGGCGGUCGGAGUUUAUUGUGGCGGGUGCUGUGUUAUUGGAAGAGAUAUUCGGGAUGCUGGGAAUUGAGGAGAUGGAGGUUUCUGGGUACGCGUUGGGGGAAGGUGUGAUUGCUGAAUUACUAACUGGUGUAUUUGGUGAUUUCUAUUUGAGUGCAAAUUUGCGGUGGAGUUCUGUAGUGCGCCUUGCGGCUAGGUUUAAUGACAAGAAGAGGAUGAAAUCUGCUGCACUGUGUGCUGGAAUUGCGAAGGAGAUGUUUGAAGGAGUAAGGAAAUGGAAUGAAGUUGGUGGUAGUCAAAACAAACUUUCUUGUUCCUUAGAUGACAAGGAUAUUGAAUAUCUUGAAGCUGCUUGUUUACUUCACAAUAUUGGAGUGUUCGAUGGGAAAAAGGGUUACCAUAAGAAGUCUUGCAGUAUCAUCAUGAAUAGUGAUCUACAGGGCUAUGAUGCUGCGGAGGUUAAGAUAAUAGCCUUGCUUGCUAGACAUCAUAGAAAGAAAUUUCCGAUGUUGGAUCAUCAAUCUCUGCAGGGAUUCACCAAGGAGGUCAAGCAUAAAUUUAGAAUCCUGUGUGCAAUUAUACGUGUUUCUGCUCUAGUAAAGCAGUAUCUGUCCAGCAAUAGUGAAGUCGUGGAGUUUUCACAUUCUCAAGAAGGUUUCAAACUGAUUCUCAGUCCAAUUGGAGACCACUCCUUAUUACCUGGUGAUGAUCAAGUUCUAGCAGAGGACAUUGAGGCAGAACUAACAGAAGAGUUGGAACAGUUCAGGGCGGUAACUUGCUUGACUUUCAACCCGAUGCUUAUUCAUAUGAAAGAAAUAACUAACGCUCAUUUAUUUAAACCGCUAAUGUUUCUUUCUUCUUCAGGUAUUUCGGCAGAAGUUGGUCAUUGUUCCUUCAAGCACUUUGAAGUCAUCACAUAGAUGAGCGGUUUUCGAAAGACUCAGCAUUACCACUUAUCUGUAACAUGUAUUAUACAUCAAAUUGGUUUUUUCACCAUAGAAAUGAUAUUGAAAGUUUACAUGCCUGCAUGGCAGGUUUUAUUCAUGUCUGAAUAAAUUUUGUCGAUUAUUCAUUAGGUACUAGAUUAUGACGGACAUCAUUAUGAUAAACAAUGUUACCCUUGCUGGCUUUGUACUCUAUUCAGUAUUUGGAUAUCUGAUAAUGUACAUCAACUUCAUGGUAGAAUCCAAGAUUAGUUUUCCUGUAAA